GAGGAUGGUUUCUGGACAUUGAUGUUUAGUUGCUGGUGUGUCUGAAAAGAAGACGGAACAUUUCAACCCAUGGUGUUAAUAACUUUACGUUUAACCUUAACAAAGUAGGCAAGGUUAGAUAAAUAGCUAAUUAGAAUAAACCUAUUCCGGAGAGAUGGCUGACACCGGCACUAGCGUGACUAAGAUGAAGCAGAAAAAGAAAAAGAUAAAGGCGUUUCACCAGAAGAAGAAGUUAUUCAGAGCCCAAGAUCCUAAGAUAUCCGUUUUAAUGUGGGGAAUUUGCCAUUCUAUAAAUGAAUUAGGUCGAGUGCCCCCAAACGUCAUGCUUUUAAAGGAAGAUUUCAAAGCUUUUGGCAAAGUCAUCAUAAAAAAUCAUAAUUAUGGGAACGAUAACAUGCCGUCACACUUCAAAUUCAAAGAAUACUGUCCUUUGGUUUUCCAAAACCUGAGGGAGAGAUUCGGAAUUGACGACCAACUUUAUGCCCGAUCUUUCCAAGAAGCUCUGCAAAUGAGCGAGAGUUCCGGCAACAGUGGAGCAAAACUGUUCGAGACUGGCGAUAAAGCGUUUAUUGUGAAAUCCAUUGAAAGUGAAGAAGUUGAGAUGAUGCACAGUCUAUUGCCUAAAUACCACGAGUACGUCGUUGAAUCACACGGAGAGACCCUUCUGCCUCAAUACCUCGGAAUGUACCGGGUCACUGUUGACGGGAAGGAGCAUUACUUCAUUACAUUCCGGACAGUAUUCAGCCUUACAAAGACAAUCCACAAAAAAUAUGACCUCAAGGGCUCACGUGUUAGCCGAGAAGCAUCUGGAGCAGAAAAGUCCAAGGACUUGCCAACUUUCAAGGAUGUUGAUUUCACAAGAGACAAUGUCAAACUGUACGUUGGAAAUGAAAAGAAAGCCGAUUUAUUGCAAAAAAUACGAAAUGAUGUGGAGUUUCUCGCGGCCCAAAACCUAAUGGAUUACAGUUUACUUGUUGGAAUCCAUGAAGAGGACCGAAAUGAAUCUGAUGAUGACCUUGAUGCUGACGUCACUAAUGGUCGAAGUGAUGACUCCGCCGAGGAAUCCCCUUCUUCCCCUUCUGGUGAACGUCCGUUAAUGGGCAGAUCAAAUAGUGUCACCAGUGGGGAGGUCCCCAUGGACGGUGAAAGGUACGCAGUAAAUUCCAGCCGAGACUCAAAACAUGAAAUUUAUUACCUUGGAAUAAUCGAUGUGCUCACAUAUUAUGGGUCAAACAAAAAGGCAGCCCACGCCGCGAAAACGGUCAAACAUGGAGUAAAAAGCAGGAUUCGGCGCCAGUCGUCCGAUUUGUCGAGAAGCCGCAAAUCUCCGGAGGAAAGUGAAACCCCGGAUUAUAAGGCUGGCGCAGAAAUUUCAACAGUUAACCCAGCAUAUUAUGCAACAAGAUUCAUGGACUUUCUUGAAGAAAUCCUGUUGUAAUGAGCCACGCAAUCUGACGAUUGAAACUUGAUAAAAUUUCCUGGUGCUAAACUUUGCAAAGCGUGUUAUUGCGAAUAGUUGUGAGUUGGCGUUGCAAUUAUUACCUUUAAUACAGGGGUUGGUAGUUUUCCUCUAGUCUGCAAUGUUAGGGAAUAGUUUCCAAGAAGCAAUUGGGCAUAACGAACAAGCAAAUGGGGAAGGGGACACGUCUGAUAAACCCGUUCUAAACCAACACAUCCUGACCAUAGUGUCAGAGUUGCUGUAGAUUGCAUUUGUUUAUUAUGAAUGCCCUAGAGCAUUGAAAUGAGCAUUGAAAUGAAUAACAAAAAAUUUGAAAUUCUUAUUUUGAGCAAACUGGUAGAUGAAAUUAUUCCCCAGGGUCCAUAGUAUUGUUUCUCAGUCCUGUUGUUUUUUGCCAUAGAUUCUUAUGCAUGCCAAAUGUUUUGAACAAUAAGCUUGCACCAUCGGCGUUGCAUAGUUCUUCAAGGAAUGCCUUCGAAAAUAUCUAAUUUCUUCAGCCUAGAAGGGUAGAAUCAAAUUCAUACCCUAUUUUAGACAUAUCUUGCUUUUUCUGGCACCUACUUACUGGUAAGAUAAUGCUAUAACAACAUGCAUUUCUUUGGCUGCAUGUUGAAAUUUCUUGUUGUAAAUCCCCCCUCCACCAAGGAACUUCUCCUCCAAGUCAUUUUACCACCAUAUUUUACCACAAUUUCUUUAAGCAGAAUUUGCUUCAGUGUUUCUUCUUUCUGGACCAAGAUAUGGGGAAAAUUUCGACAACCUACUUUUGGGCAUCUUUCCCUACUAGGAUUAUGAUUGUAGGCGCAGAAAGCAUUUUUCCCACUCUAAGUAGGGCCCGUAACAUUAUGGCCUUCUACACAAAAAUACUCAUGUUAGGAAUGAGUUUUUUUUAAUUAGUAGCACCCCCCCCCCACGAUUUUGUUUGGUAUAAUGUUAAGGGCUUCGUUGUUCCCCAAUUGAUUCUAAUCAGACACCCAUGAUGACACCCAUGAUAGAUAACCCCGCAGAAAACAUUAUUUUGGCGAAGAAGAACUGCGGUGACGGCAUUUUCUCCCGGAAACGGUUAACUUUUUUCUUUAGCAACUUCCAAAAACUUUUGGCAGGAAUUGCCACCGAAUUUUCAUGAUGCUUGUUGAAACGACUUUAAAACUACAUUCAUAUCGGUCUUCGAUAAGCAAAUUUUGCCCUGAAGGAUCCGAAAUAUCGCAAUUUUGUUGUCUCCCGUAUUACACUUUGCUUUGAAUCUUGUACACUCGGCAGAUUUUCGACACGGACUCUUGACACUAAAGUUGCAUGUUUUUCAUCAUUGGUCCAUUCAUUGUUAUUCAUUUGUUCAAUAAAAGAAAAUUACCUGUAUGGGUUAAUGAUGUUUUUUAACGACGUUACCCUUUUCUGUUAAGGAAAUUAAAAAAACUUUUUUAUAUAGAAACUCUUGCCCCACUCACCCCACCCACAAUCCAAGGCACCCCUCGCAGUUAGAUGAAUUAAAUUAUAUUUGAAAGCAGUAUUUUAUGGCACUUUGGUAAAAAAAUUUCGGUAGUGUUGUGUAUAUGAGUCAAGUAUUGUGUGAAAUAGGCAAUUCCAGUUAAAAACUUUUUGGGAGACAAAUUAGAUUCUGAUUCUUUGGAAUAAUUUCGAUUUUAACCGUUUGAAUUCGUAAAACGGCAUCAAAAUGCAAAGAAUCCGUCCACACGUAUUCGGAUAUUUCUGAACCCAAGAUUUCUUUUCAGACUAGAUCUCAAGUCCAGUCUACACUUAUCCGCAUUCAAAUGGUACAUUUUGAAUACGCUGCGAAGUCAAAAUAAUGUAGUGCGCUUGAUUUCACCUUGUCAAUAGCUGAAACCCCACCAAGUCUCUUCAGCCUUUCUCCCAUCGGCGCUGUGUCGCUGAUCUCGCUAUUUUUUAUAGAUUUUACCACGGCGAUUGCUCUCAGAAGAUCCGAGGCAUGAUCCCAGCUCCACUGGGACAUGCACUUAAUACCAGACACUCUUUCAGUGAUGACCCUCUCCAAGUCUCUUUGCCAAACGCGCGAACCCAGUCCCAAAACUCUUCCUUCCUCCCUAGAUCUAAUAAACAAAUGCUCUUCCCUCUCUCUGUUUCCCAGAAUCUUACAACCUGUCAUUAUUCAAAACAAUAAGCUGGAUUUUCGUUCUACUUUGAGAACCGGUUAAUCGAACGAAUCCGGAUCAAUUGAAUUAAACAAAUCUUUGACUCCGCAAUGAAGUAGCUAGAAAUAUCCAUAUACGUAUUGGACUGGGCCUAGGUGUCCUAUUGCCCGCGAGUUAAUCAUAAAUCGGUGUUAACUAUGGUGUUUGAUGCAGAAAGAACUGCUGUAUGCUAGAAUAGAAAGUUAACUGCCCUUGCUGAAUUGAAUGAUAUUCAUAAUUUAUGAUAAAUUGGAAUGGACUCUGUAUUAAUUAGCAUAGAUAAUUUAGAACCAUAUUUGUAAUUUUACGAAAUUCAGUUAUGCAUUUAGUAUUAUUAUUGUUCACAUGAACAUAUUUCAUUUUGCUUUUCA